ACCUCUAUCUAUAUAUUUACUUUCGUUUUAAUUAGUCAAAAUGUCAUACAGCGAAGAUUUGGCAGAUGGUCUUCAAAAGCUAAGAGGCAGUCAAAAAUUUUGUGACGUGGUGUUAAUAGCAGAGAAAACGGAGUUUUAUUGUCACAAAGUUGUUCUAUCUGCCUUGUCCGAGUUCUUCGAAACAAUGUUUGACAGUCCAUUCAAGGAAGAAGAUGAGUCAGAAGUGAAUGGAGAAUGCAGAAAGAGAAUGGCGUUAGACCCGGUACAGUGCGCGACUCUCUUGGAUUUUAUGUACACUGGUAAAAGUGAGUGGGCAGACGUGGAUGAUGCUAUUGACAUGCUGCACUUGUCACAGCAGUACCAAAUCCGGUCUCUACGGGAGCAGAGCCUGCAGUACCUGUACCAACAUAUCAGCAGCGAAUACUGCGUGCGCAUGUGGGAAGCAGCCAAAUUUUUGGAAUUAAAAGAACUGGAGGAAAAAACAAGCACCAUCAUUUCUAAAGAAUUCGCCCUGGUUUCUUCAACUGAUGAGUUUCUCGAGAUAAACACACUUGAUUUUGUUGUAGAACUGCUGAAAAAGAACGAUCUAAAUGCCCAGGAAGAAACCAUAGCGAAGGCUGGACUGAGAUGGAUCGAGGAAGACUUUGAAGGAAGAAAGGACUACUGCUAUGAUAUACUGGAAGCUCUACAGACUAGACGUUCUUUGCUGAUAAACUUGGCAUCUGAGGCAAACUUUCCAAACUUACACAAUAGCCCGGAAUUCAAGGACGCUUUGCAGAGAUACAGAGAAAGAGGUAAUGUGACGUCACCAGGACUAGAUCUGGAGGAAUGUGUUGUCGUCAUGGGAGGGAAUGACAGAGGAAGCAACCAGAGUCUCAUCUGUUUUGGAUUCCGUCACAAAAAGUGGUUUACGCUACCUCCUAUCCCUCAUGACCCCAAAGUUAAUUUUUCAAUUUGCACAAGCAGAUGUAAAUUAUACGUGUCCGGGGGAUUUGGUAAUGGACAGGGUUUCUACGAGUACGACGGAGAAAGGAAUGCGUGGAGAGCUCUACCAAACCUUUUGUCUCCAAGGCAGAAUCAUUGCAUGGCAUGUUCCAAUGGGAAAGUAGUUCUCCUUGGAGGCACAGACCCCGGAAACACUUCAAACUUCGUCAACGAAAUCGUUGUUUAUGAUACAGCAACAAAUGUUUGGUGUGAAAGUAGGACAACUUUACAACAAGCCGUUAGGUCUAGCGCGUACUGUGUUUUGGAAAGCAAGGUAUUUCUCUUUGGGGGCCUCCGUGCGGGUGGAAAAAAGGUAGAAAAGCUGCAAUAUUUUGAUAUCGAGAAAGGAUACUCUGUCCAGGACCAGUGGUGUACCAUUCCGGAAGCAAUCCAAAGCCAAGCUCGUGCCGUUGCAGUGGAUCGUACGAUAAUUGUUAUAUCCCAGAAAGGAGAACUCUUUCAAUUAAAAAACGACAGAGGUUUUUACUUCUUUGAUAAAAAGGAAGGCAUGCGAUAUUUCCCGAGGAAAGGCUUUGGAGUAUGUCCAUUUGACGGGAAGAUUCUGAUAGUUGGGGGCGAGGUGAACUACGCCAAAACCAAGGAUAUGCUACAACACAAGUUGGACGACGGCUUCACGUUUGAAAUGGAGGAAAAGAUGCCGUUCUCUUCCAGUAAUUUCUUUGUAGGACACAUGUACGUCAAAAGAGCUCAUCUAAGUUACGAAUGUAAAGAUCAAGUACAGAUCGUGUAGAUAAAUGUCAGAAAGGUAGUCCGUAGUCAAGACAUUGCAAAGUGAUGAUGCUCAAAGUGUGUGGCUUUAAACCAUUAAACUAUUUAUAACUUGGUUCUACGUCAAUAUUCCACGCAUCAGUACAAACAUACUGUAAAACAAUCUGCAUUUACCUGUUAUACUUGAUAAAUAUAUGUAGACUUUCAAUCAAACAUUAGUGCUUAAAUAAAAACAAAGAACUUGUGUUCAAGAAUCAAGGAAGUUCCACGAAAUCGUGUGGUUAUAGAAAUGUCAGAAAUAUUAUUUGCUUGCAAAUUGUCUAUUGUUUAGCGUGUUCUUUUUUUCUUUACAAUUUACAAAACUGUCCAGUAAAUGUCACAAGAAUACUUAUUAUCAGUUUAGAACACAGUGCUUUCGAAAAGCCUAAAUCUGAAUUGAAAUGAAAAUUUAUUUCGUUUUGAUAAGGUUCACGGAAUUUAAGUCACUGAACUGUAUUAACCUUUGAAGCAAUGACAGACGUGUACUAUUUAUUGUUUGUAUGUACUUAGGCAUUUUUGUUCAGUACAUUCGUAUAAAUGUACAUUUAUGCAUGUGUAUCAUUU